AUGGGUGUAACCGGACUUCUGCCGCUUCUCAAGUCUAUCCAAAAGCCAACAGAGCUCAAGAAAUAUGAUGGACAAACCUUGGGUGUCGACGCGUACGGAUGGCUUCAUCGUGCGGCCUAUUGUUGUGCUUUAGAGCUUGGGCAGGGCAAGCCGACGCAGAAGUACAUCAAUGCUGCCAUGAUGCGUGUCCGCAUGCUCCGCCAUUUCGGUGUCACCCCCUACAUGGUAUUCGACGGCGACUAUCUGCCUAGCAAAGCUGCCACCGAGGAUUCACGUGCCAAGAAGAGAGAUGACAAGAAGAAGGUGGCCAUGGAGCUCCUUCGAGCUGGAAAGCCUGCUCAGGCCACUCAGGAGUUUCAGAAAUGCAUCGAUAUCACCCCCGAGAUGGCAUCCGCUCUUAUCCAGCAGCUGAAGAAGCUCGAUAUUCCCUACGUUGUCGCCCCCUACGAAGCCGAUGCACAACUCGUCUACCUCGAACGACAGGGUCUGAUCCACGGCAUCAUUUCGGACGACUCUGAUCUCCUCGUGUUCGGUGCCAAGAAGCUUUUGACCAAGCUAGACCAGUACGGAAACUGCAUCGAGAUCAAUCGCAAGGAUUUCUGCGCCUGCCGGGAGGUCUCUUUGACGGGAUGGUCCGAUACCGAGUUUCGACGAAUGGCUAUCUUAAGCGGAUGUGACUAUCUGGAUGGUCUUCCAAGUGUCGGGUUGAAGACAGCAUAUCGAAUGCUCCGCAAGACCAAAGCUCCCGAACGAGUAGUGCGCAUGCUUCAAUUCCAGGGCAAGCGAAUUUCGGAAAACUACUUGACCCAGUUCUACCAGGCCGAAUUGACCUUCCUGCAUCAAUGGGUCUUCUGUCCCAACAAGAAGCAGCUUGUUCACCUCACUGACCUGGAUGGUACGCGGACUGCCGAGGAGAUGCCCUUCAUUGGAGCCUUUGUGGAGCCCGAAGUUGCACGAGCGGUGGCCAAGGGUGAUAUGAAUCCCAUCACCAAGAUGCCCAUCAUUCUCCCUCUGACGCCGUCCAAGAGAAGACAUUCACAGACCACUUCUAGUUCUGUCGAUGAGCCUCCACCCAUGAAGCCCAUCAGCUCAUACUUCAAGGGUCACCAACGGAUACCUAUGGGUGAGAUGGAUCCCAAUUGCUUCGAGGUCGAUCCUCAACGAGUUUCGCAAAUUACCGGAGGAGGAUUGGUUCCCCGGGUGUUCCCUCUGCCCAGGCCCUAUCUUGAUGAAGCAACUCGACCCACGGCCCCAGGUCCUUCCAACCGCACGCGAUCAUCCCCACGACUCAACCGCCGCCGAACUGAGCCAAUCUCCAGUAUGCUCGCCCGGAUUGCUGGCAGCCCUCCCACCACAAGACGUACGUCUUCUGUGGGUACGGCGUCCAACUCAUCCGCGGCCCCCUCGACCGAUCCUAUGAACAGGCCACCCAAGAAGGCCCGUCUGUGUGACGACAACGAAGCCGAGCCCAUCGAUUCUCCGCCGGAGAGGAGCAGGUUCUUUUCAGCUCCAAAGCUACGAAGAAGCCCGAGAAGGGCCAAGAGCGAUGCGUACUUGCUGUCAGACGACUCUCUUGAUGAGGCACUUAUGGCUCUUCCUGACUUUGAAGGCUGGAAACCUGCCGACAAGUCAAGAAAGUCCAUUUCAGUCUUUGAGGAGAGGGAGAGCCAGGAAACUACCACCACGAGCGACAGUUUCACUACCACGGCCGACAGUGAGAGUCAAGCAUCCUUCAAACAUGAACAGACACCAAUGUCAUCUUUUGAAGAUCCUAUGCCUCCUCCUCGAUCAACCGCGCCUCUCUCAAAGCCUUCCGAGACUCCUUCUCGGCCCAAUCUCCGCCAGUUCUCAUACUCGAAACCAACUGAAACGCCUGCUUCGGAUGUUUCGCGACGCUCCUCGGUAUUCAGUGCGGCAUCCACUCCCUCAACCGCGCCUUCGACUGCCGCCUCUCGAAUGACACCGCUGCAGCGGCUUGGCGCUCGUGCCCUCAGCGGCCCCAUGUCUCCCAAGCUACCCAAGCCACGCAACAGCCUUGACAGACAGUUCCUCUCGGGCGUUCCUGUGAACCCGGCAUUCGUUCCCCUCCCCAAGGUCAACCUGAAGGAGGUGGAGCAGUUGAACCGAGGCAGCGAGGACCAAAUCAUCCCCGAUAGUGACGAGGAAGAUGAGGACGAUGACGAAGUCGAGCUUGCACCUCCGAAGAAGCUCAACCUCUCCCGCUUCGCAUUUGCAUAG